CUCAUUUGCCUGACACCACACCUCUGUGACAACAACUCAACAUCGUCUGAGACCAUACACAUGAACUAAGCUUAUAUUCUCACUUUACAGACUGCAAGCAUUUCGCCCCUGUAGGGUAAAAAGCGACAGCUCUCUGAUUCCUAGAUAUCUGUUGCCCCAACUGGCCGCAAUGCUACCUUCCGCAGCAGCCUCCUUUCGUCCGCCGAAUCACUCAUCGGCCAUCGCUCAACAACAGUCAUCGGCCUUGGCAGCGCGUAUAGCUUCUAAGAAGGCCGAGCUAGAGAAUCUAAGGCAGUUGCGAGACAUGAGCGGUGCACUGGCAGAACAGAUGCAAGCCUUGGAAAUCAAAAUUGCAACUCUCAGAGAUGGAACUGAAGCCGUCGCCUGUGUUCUUGCAAACUGGGACAAUGUACUGAGGGCGAUUAGUAUGGCCUCGGUGAACCCCGUUACCCCUCGUUCCGCAAGCAAGAGCGAUCUCAACAACCCACAAUUACCCGCAACCCUCAUAAGAGUGCCAGCUGAGUCUCAUGAUGCAUCAGGGGACCGGUAAUAAUCAUUGGUAGGCAUGGCAUAAGCCAGCUUUCCAGGAUUAUCAGAUCAAGUAUGGGUUGCUGUAA